GGGCUUAGCUCCAUGUGGAGUGCCACAGGGGCAGCUGCAAGCUGGAUACAAUCAAUUGACUGGCCAGAUCCAGCCCUAUUUUGCCCAUCCCUGCCAAAGGCCCUACACAACAGGGCCUGAGGAUUUUUCUUCACAGUCUGUAUUAGGAGAGGUAUUUCCUGUAGUCAGCAAUAUAGCAACUCUGCACUGGUAGGUGGGUGCUAUGCUUCUUCCAGAAGUCUAGGACCUAGGCUUCUUUGAAGUCUGCCUAGCCUAGCUAGGCUGUCAUGGUAUGUGAACUUUGGGACAGAAAGAAAAAAGGGGAAAGGGGGUAAUCUUAUUGUUAAUUGUGUACACUGUUCCAAGAUAAGGAAGGUAGGGAGCUACCUUUCUUCCCAUGAAGGUUAUAACCUAAAUAGAACAAAUCAAAGGCAAAACAAUGCGAGACUCAGAGGAGCGAAGCUAUUGUUCUGAGACAUCUGCAAUGAGGAUGACAAUGACAGAAUUUUGAUAUGCACAAGUUUUCUCAACACGUGACUUUACAUGCAAUAGUCUGCGUCUUUAGCCUGCAUUAGUCAUUGUGCGAACAUUUAGUUACAUGGGAAGUCAUUACUCAUGCAGGUCAUCUCACUGACUUUAAAGGUGAAUAAGAAACGGAAAUUAAAGCUGAGUAUAAAGGAAAUCAUCCCACCAUAAGAGAGAAUAGUCUUGUGAAGGGGUGAAAAUGCCAUUACUUAAGAGUGGACAAAAGCGUGAGACCAUAUAUAAGGGGGAUCCUGGGUGUUGAACUAUACAACCUCUGGAAGUCCCUUCCAACUCUGCUUUUUAAUGAUAUCACGUAGGGCAGAAUGCUGCCCUGGUAGGAGGAACACAAAAUAGUAAACUGGGCUUCUCUCAGCUUCAAUAAGUGACCCCAGGCAGGAGUCUUGUGGCAGUUUAGCCCAGGCAGGAGUGUUCCUUCAUCCCGACCUGCUGUUCAUUGUACCAACCUUUUAGCAUACAAAGGAGUUGUACCCAUUUUCUACAGCCACCGCGGGGGAAACAGACAGUUACUGGUAAGAGAAAAACAUAGGGCACUUAGAUGCCGUAGCUCAUUCUUGCAACAGAAUGUAAGUAGGCUGUGAGAGGCAGGGUCCCUGCAGUGUGGGCCUCUUCCAAGAAAGCCAUGAGGUCUGAAACGCAUCCGGGGGAGUCUAAUGAAAGAGGACCAAGAGGAUGACUCAAAGAGGAGGCUGCAGAAGUGGAAGCAGAGACCCACCAGCUGUGCUCCCUGCACAGGGCUGGGCUGUGCCACUGCUCCUGCUGGGACUCAGACCUGGUGAUUCCUGGCUCAGGCCCAUGGGCACGUCUAGGGGCAGGAAGGAGUUGUACCCGGUGGUCAGCAUGGCGCUCUUUGAGGCAUAUGUUAACAAAGGUGUAUAGAAGCAGGCCCCGCUGUCCGGGUGCUCGGUUUUGUGGCCAUGUCAGAGCUGACAGCAGUUGGGGGAAGAUUAUAGAUUUACACCGGCUGAUCCCACCGGGGAGUGGGGGAGAUGCACUCUGGAGGUGCUCGCCAGCCCUGCUUCUCUGGGAUCCCGCGGGACGGGACGGGAGGACACACCGCAUCAUACACGCGCCGCUAGUGGAGGCAGAAAGGAGCAGAUCCGCUCCGGGGCCCGGAUCUGACCCCCGGGGCUCGGGGCGGCCGCAGUGGGAGGGCGGGAGCUCCGGCGGGCGCCGCCGCCUCCGCCCUCCCGCAGCCGGGCCCGCACCCCCGCGCUGUGCGCAGCCCGCCCCCCGCCCGCGCCCUGCGGCGGCAGCGAGGGGCCGGCCGAGCUCCUCCUUCGCCUUCAAAAGCGGCCGGCGCCGCCGCGGCUGCAGCAGCAGUGCUUGCGGGUCGGCGGGGGAGCGGGAGCGGGAGCAGGAGCGGGGCCCGCGGCAGGCGGCGCUGGGGCCGGUGCCCGCUCGCGGCGCGUCCAUGCGGCCGCCCGGCAUGUCGGGCACCUGCCUGCUCGCGCCCAUCCCCGAGGGCGCCGCCGACGGGCUGCUGGGCACGGACAUCAAGCUGGCGGUGCUGGGCUCGGGCCGCGUGGGCAAGAGCGCCAUGAUCGUGCGGUUCCUCACCAAGCGGUUCAUCGGGGACUACGAGCCCAACACAGGGAGCCUGUACUCCAGGCUUGUUCACGUGGAGGGAGAUGAAGUUUCCAUCCAGAUCCAGGACACCCCGGGGUGCCUUCAGGUGAAGGAAGACUUUGUGCAGGUAUUGGACUCUUUUUCCAGAUGUGUGAAGUGGGCAGAGGGCUUCCUCUUGGUUUAUUCCAUUACAGACUACAGUAGCUAUCAGUCAAUUCGUCCUCUUUAUCAGCACAUACGCAAGGUUCAUCCGGACUCUAAGAUCCCCAUCAUUAUUGUAGGGAACAAAGCGGACCUCCUCCAUGCCAGACAGGUACAGACAAAUGAUGCAAUACAGCUGGCUAAUGAACUGGGCAGUCUGUUUUUAGAAAUCUCUACAAGUGAAAACUACCAAGGAGUCUGUGAUGUAUUUCAGUAUCUUUGCAAGGAAGUUAGCAAACUGCACCACACCAGCAGCAGAGACAAGAGGAGAUCAUCCAUCAUCACUCGACCCAAAUCUCCAAACAUGCAAGACCUCAAAAGACGUUUCAAACAAGCUUUAUCUUCCAAAGUCAAGUAAAGCCCAACACUCAGAUCAUGUGCAUCUAAAUAGACUUUAUUUUUAUAAACUGAGAGCUUAUAAAAAAGUCUUUAUUUUUGUACUGUUGUCAUUGAUGUGUAUGUAGAUUUGUUGGGAAUACACAAUUUUCCUGUGUUUCUUUUUUUGUUUAAAAAAAAAAAAAAAAUCCCAUACUGCAACUAACUUGACAUUAGUAGUGGUUUGAGAAAGGGAUUUAGGCCAGAUGCCGUGGUUGUCUUUUUGUUUUUGGGCAGUGACUUGCUAUUCAACUGUGGUCAAGUUACUUUGUCUUUGUGCCUCUAUUUCCCCAUCUGUAAAAUGGGGAUAAUAAAUGUAAUAUAUUCCUACCUUUUGUAAAAUACUAGGUGAUCUUUGGAUCAAAGCUUUAUAUAAGUGCAACGUAUUAUUAAAAGAGAAAUGAUAA